AUGAAGUCCGCUAUCGCCUCCCUUCUUGGAUCCGCAGCCCUGGUGGCUGCCCACGGUUACGUCUCUGAUGGUCUCAUCAGCGGCACGAACUACACCUUCUACCAGCCCUACCAGGACCCGUACACGAGCCCGGCCCCCGAGCGUAUCUCCCGUCCCAUCCAGGGCAACGGCCCCGUCGAGGACCUGACCAGCAUCGACCUCCAGUGCGGUGGCUACACCGCCGGUGGUGUCAAGGGUUCCUCCCCCGCCAAGCUCGUCGCUGAGGCCAAGGCUGGUGACGAGGUCACCCUCAACUGGACUCUCUGGCCCGAGUCUCACAUUGGCCCUACCAUCACCUACAUGGCCAAGUGCGCCGGUGAUGACUGCACCACCUUCACCCCCAACACCGACAAGGUCUGGUUCAAGGUUCAGGAGAGUGGCCGUGAGGGCACCUCCAACACCUGGGGUGCCACCCCCCUCAUGACCGCCGGCAACUCUGGCGUCAAGUACACCAUCCCCGAGUGCCUUGCCCCCGGCCAGUACCUCGUCCGCCACGAGAUCAUCGCCCUCCACGCCUCCUACUCCUACCCCGGCGCCCAGUUCUACCCGGGAUGCCACCAGAUCAAGGUUACCGGUUCCGGCAGCACCAGCCCCUCUGACCUGGUUGCCUUCCCCGGUGCCUACGCCGCCACUGAUGCCGGUAUCACCUACGAUGCCUACAAGGCCCAGGAGUACACCGUCCCUGGCCCUGCCGUCUUCUCCUGCUCUGGCUCUGGUUCCGGCUCUGGCUCCGGCUCCGGCGCUGCUUCCUCCGCUGCCCCCGUUGCCACCUCCGCUGCCGCUACCUCUGCCGCUGCUGCUACCUCCGUCCCGGCCGCCACCUCUGCCCCCGCCACCUCUGUUGCCUCUGCUGCUACCCCCAGCCAGACUGCCACCGAUGAUGAGGAGGACUGCCCCGUUGAGUCUGCCUCCGCCACCGUCAGCGCCGCUGCCACCGUCCCUACUCUUGCCGCCGAUGAGGAGGAGGACUGCCCCGCCGAGUCCGAGGUCCCUACCGCCACUGCCACCGCUGCCCCCGUUGCCACCCCUACUCAGGCCGCUGACGACGAGGAGGACUGCCCCGCUGAGUCUGAGGCUCCCGUCGCUACCUCUACCGCCGCCGCCCCCGUCGCUACCCCUACCCAGGCUGCCUCCGACGAUGAGGAGGACUGCCCUGCCGAGUCCUCUGCCCCCGUUGCCACUCCCACUCCCACCCAGGCUGCUGACGACGAGGAGGACUGCCCCGUCGAGACCCCCUCCGCGACCGCUGUCGCCAAGCGCAUGAGCAUCCACGACCGCCGCAUCCAGGCAUAA